AUGUGCAGAACAGCAUGCUGCUUCAUCUUCCUAAUUGUCCUCUUCCUCCCGCUGGGGUUCGCUGGCAUGACUGAAACUCCCUUUUGGUACUGUUCCGGCAGCUCAAACUACACGGCGAACAGCACCUUCAGCCACAACCUGCAGCGGGCGCUGGCUUCUGUGGUAGCCAACGUUUCCCCCACCAGUUUCUACAAUGUCACCGUAGGCAAGAGCCCCGACCAAGCACUUGCCACUGCCCAGUGCCGAGGUGACCUCGACGGUGAAGCUUGCCAGGUCUGCGUCUCUGAUGCUGCCUCACAGGUCACCCAGCUGUGCCCUCAGAACAGAGCGGCCAUCAUUUUCUUCCAAGGCUGCAUUAUGUACUACCAUGACGCCAACUUCAGUGUGCCUCAAUCAUUUAUGAAUUUGUCAUUUCAGAGGCUUGAGGCCAUCCCCGACCCCCAAAGAUUCCGACCCAUACUCAUUUCCUUAGCUCAUCCUUUCCACAACCACCAACCCUUCAGGCCGCUUGUUCUGGGGCAACAUGUUCAGAUACACUCAGAACCUGACUAUCUACGCCACCGCACAGUGCAUUCAAUACCUGUCACCAAAGGGCUACACAUCAUGCUUAGACAUAGCCUUGCUCAAAUGCUCAAGGAUGUUGGAGAUAGACAGCGCGGUGCAGUUUACCAUAACAACGAGUGCCUGGUAAGAUUCGAGCCCUUUCCCUUCUGCACUCCACCACCUCACAAGAUUGAUCCAAGCAGCAGCGCUUCCAUUUCAAGUAAUUGCUCCCAACCAACAUCAAGCAACAAGGUUGGCAGCCCCUUUCAUAGAAAUCUCAAGGCUCUGCUCUCUUAUUUGAUAGAGAACGCACCUUUAUCUGACUUCUAUAAUGAUACCGUUGGCUUGGGCUCCGGCCAAGUCUACGGUCAGCCCCUAUGCCGAGGCGACAUCCCCAGUGACGAUGACAUGAAUGCAAAUUAUACAGGCAAUGCAUCAGAUCCAGAUGAAUUAAGUGUAGAUCAUACUGAUGAACAUGAACAAGAUGUGGACAUACAAAUUGAAAAUGAUCAAUUACAUGCAUGGAGCUUGUGGCAUGAAGGGAAAGGGACAGAGUUCAUCGACCCAGUCCUUAAAGAUGGUUCUACUUCAACAAGUGAUCAAAUGCUAAGGUGUUUGCAUAUUGCCUUUCUUUGCAUUCAAGAAGAUCCUGCAACCAGGCCAUCCAUGUCAACGGUAGUUCUCAUGCUUGGGAACAAUUCUUUGGACCUUCCCUUGCCCAAACAACCAGCACUCAUUGCGGAAAAAAUUGCAGGAUCAAGCCUACCUCGUUCUUCUGUUCUUUGGACUAUUGCUUCUAAAAGCACGACAGAGUGA